UGCGCACAACGGCUGCGACCGCAUUGUUCGCUCCAGCCAACGAAUAGACGCUCACUAGAAGCUCAUUCACGCCGCCCUUUUUGCUCCCACAAACCUCCUGGCACCAGUCGUCACAUUCGGCUCACCCGGACAGCUGAACCGUGGUUUUCCAACACCGUGACGUAGUUUGUGUUCUCCAAAAUCCCCUCCACACAUCACAUUUCUGGGCCACCACGCUCUCAAAAAAUCAUCGCGCUUCUCAACAACACCUGGUUACAGACAUAACCUCCCAUCAAAAACCUAGCACCUGUUUUCAUCACGCCGAUACCACACAAUACCAUGGCCCAUCCGAAAAUCCCCGCCAGCGUCAUUCUGUCGCCGCGCGAACUAAAACUGUACAAGCGUUGGCAGUGCUUGCACGCAAACAUCCGACCAAAUGAGCAAGGCUACAUUCCCACAGCCGGCGAGUACGAAGAUUUUCAACAAUGGCUGAAGCGACAAGACUCUGGCUAUUUUUCCGACAUAUUCGACGACAUUACUGGCCACAUCGCACCUCCCACUUCCGAAACCAACAAGUCCACAUCAAACUCGCCCGUUGCAUCAGUCUGUCAGCACACCAUGCACCCAACAGCAGCCGGCCAACUUCAAUCCCGAUGCCCUGUGUGUACAAUUGACAUGCACGUCAAGUACAUGCACGUAUUGUCGCAAGCCCUUGAGAAUGCAGGUGGCCGUGCACCAUCAUGCACUCUGACUAGCUCCGAGCAUCAAGACACCGUCUACAAUGCGUGGUGCAAAGGCAAGAUAGGCGCACUCAAAGAACUCUCGGUUAUUGAAAACAUGGCUGCACAAGAGGCUGAAUGGUCAGCACGGCAUCCAGAAGAGAGUCACGAAAAUGUACAAACCGCGUCCAAGGCACUAGACCUGUAUUGGGCCGAGACCACCGGACGUGUAGAUGAGCGACCGCGUCCCAAAAGGGAUUCUGCUGUUGCAUUCGCAGAAGAUACGGAUUUCGAGCCCGGAAGACCUAAUCCGUACUUUCAUCGGAGAUCACCGCGCUACGAACCCGGCAAGUACACUGUGGUUGACAAUGGUGACGACCAUGACGAGGACAUGAUCUCAGAAGACUCGGAAGACUACUCUCACGCAAAAAGUUUUCAUGUCACUGGUGCUGAAGAGCCAGUCACCGAACUGCUUGAGUCGUUCCAGAAUCUUGACACAAUCGAUGAAAUCGAAGAUGACGAUGGCGAUAGUGACUGGGAAGACGUCGAAUCUGACGACGAGUACAGUGAUGAGGAUAGUGAGGGCAGCUGCACGUAUUGGGAAGUUGAGGAGGAGGCGAGCUUCAUCGUCUUCGGCGAGGAUUGAGCUAUUCUCAACGCUAGCCCUGUACAAAGGCUACCAUCGCUACGCCGAACUACAUGCCACAAAAUCACUGUAUUGAAGAAGCAUACCUUUCACAUAUGGCGGAGGUGCACACGAAGGGAGAAGCAAGAAAGAGACACGCCCGGCCCGGGGAUAGAAGAGCAUCACACAAGAGCAGAGGAUUACUCAUUCGAACUGUACAUAUACAUUCAAGAGCCAUGCAAGAUUAGAGCGAAGAAAGGGUUCAAAGUGCUUGUCCCUGGCACUCUAUCAUCAUGAAAAAAGACAUGACAUUACCCGUAGUAUACAACAUGCACGGCAAGAGGUUCAAUAGGAACUCUCAAGUUAUCAUCAGUAACAAACAAAACAAAUGUUAAACAACUUUUGAUCUCUUCAUCACCGGAUGAUUCUUUUCUCGUCC